AUGGGGUCUCUACCUGCAGUGGACUUCGACGCUCCUGGCGACAAGGUCCUGAGCCCAGUCAAGUUGGCGCACGUGGUGUUGCGCACAGCAAACCUCGAAAAAUCGGUCAAUUUCUACCUGGACUUCCUGGGAGGCACCAUCAGCCACCGUGAUGGGAUGCUUUGCUUCAUCACCUACGACGACGAACACCACCGCAUAGCCCUCAUCGGGUUGCCGGACACCAGACCAAAAGUGCCCAGCAGUGCGGGCUUGCACCAUGUAGCCUUCACCUUUCCGACGCUGACCGAUCUGCUGUUGGCGUACCGACAGCGCAAAGCCAAAGGAAUCUCACCCACCUGGUCGGUCAAUCAUGGUCCGACGACUUCGAUCUAUUAUCAAGAUCCAGAUGGCAAUUUGCUGGAGACUCAGGUGGACAAUUUCGAGACCAACGAAGAGGCGACGGCAUUCAUGAAGGGCAAGUAUUUCGCGGAGAAUCCGAUCGGUACGGACAUCGAUCCUGAGGACUUGAUCGACAGGAUUAGGAACGGCGAGGAAGAUGCUGAGUUGAAGCGUAGAGUUGAGAUUGGGCCGCGAGGGAUACCGGAUGUAGGGUGA